GCGCAAGAGCUUGUUUCGCAAGUGCUCAUUGUUGGCCCCUAAACCCCCUGAAAUUCUACGGGUCACAGUCCACAAAACCCCAGCUCGGAGAAAUUCACAUCCGACGGAGCAAGAAGACAGCAAUGGUCAACAAAGCAUGGAAGAUAAUACCCAGACCCUUACUCGAAACUGUGCUAAACAACCAUGCCCAACACCAUCGUGUUCCUCAGCCCCUCAUCCUCCAUGGUCCCCGCGGCGUCGGCAAAACCACUCUCAUCCUAGAACGUCUGCUUGGGAACUGGAACAAAGGUCCCCACCUUACCGGCUACGUAGAUUUUGCUCGGUCAAUCAAGGAUCAUCAUCCGCAGUACAACCAGUCCUUCCCUUGGGCAUCUUGGUCCAAUUGCGAUCCACCCACUUUGUCUAAUUGCCGAACCCAGCUCGAGAACUGCCUCGAGUCCAUGGCUGAAGUGGGCGUCAAGCUUGGCACCAUAAGCUCCCACCAAAUAUUCUCUACCCUCCACAAAUGGCAUGGGCUCAACACCGCUCUUCGCCGGAUACUUCACAGCAAUAAUAACGCUUCAAAAAAUGUUCUUUCCACUAAUGUUACCAGCUCGGUGUUGUGGGACAGGGCAGUCUUCGCACUAUCUGCUAGAUCAAAUGCCGCAGAGAUCGAUGAGAUUUUGGGUUUUCAGGAAAAUACCAAGAGGUUGUCUAUUGAAGAAGCCUCGUAUUAUAGGGAAGGGAUUGUGGCGCUGAGAUUGGCGAAGGAAGUGAUUAAGGUGCAACAAGAGUGGAGAGCUAAUGCCAUUUCCCAUCUGAAUAAGACUGGUGGCUUCUCCAGAUCGCUAGCGCAUUCAUGUACUGAUUGGCCUUGUUUGCUACUUGAGUUGUUGUCACAAGCUGCAGAAAUUGAUUAUUUUCAGCCAAAGUUGGUCAUAAACAACAUCGAAGUUCUAAAGAAUGCUUCUUUGGCGGAUGAUUUAACUGUCUGCCCAUCAAUAUAUCACGACAGUCUUAUAUGGAGAAUAAUUGCAUUGGGUGCAAACGAGCGUUGCCUGCCUAUCAUACUUGUGACCUCAGAUAGCUAUUAUUCUUAUCAAGCCUUUGUGGAUUUUGGAUUUCCAGACAUCUUUGUCUCUCGUGAGACUUUUGGAUGGACUCCACAGGAAGCUAAAAUGCAUGUGGUUGACGAUUAUUUCAGUAAUUCAGAGUGGACAGUGAUUGCUGAUGUGCUUGGGUCCAAUGCUCGACAUCUAUUUGAACUUUAUGCACUCAAGCAAAGCAGCUAUUACCAAAGGUUGAUGGAUGAUAAGGCCAAUACGUUUGAAGAUAUUGUAGAUGCAUAUUUAGCAUAUCUGCAAGUUACCGUGGUGAAUCCUGCCAUGGACAGGGCUUUGCUUUUUUUGCAGAAGUUUGCCCUUGAUGCACAAAGUGGAAGGAUCUCAAAGGAUAAAUUACGUUUUGGUGCUCCUUGGAGGCAUCCACUACUUACUAAGGACCCAGUUAUUAAUCGGGAAUGGGCUAAUAUUUUGGGGAGGGAUUUUGUUCAAUCUCUAAUAAUCACUAUCAUGGCCUCCUUUUUGCAGAUUAAUUAUCUGGCUGACUAUAGCCUUGAGAUUUUGGAUGACCCUGCUGCUACUGCAUUACUUCAGGUUGGUUUGCUGUACGCUCAGCGAGAUCCUUCCUUCAUUCGCCCUGUAUCUAGAGGUAUUGAGAGGUGUCUUGCCAGAUGGCUUGUCCAGGAGCGGAUGCAAAUGAGUUCCUGGAAAAUGCUUCAGUGUCUGUGGCAGCGGGUUAUACGCGGUCGAAGUUAUCGUCAUUUGAUGCUACAAGUUGGCUAUAAAUAAAAUAUGGUUCUUUGGCCAAAUAUAUAUACUCUCAUUGAGGUGGGUCUCUCAAAGGGUCGUCUGAAAAUGCAGGUUUUGCAGCAUGCAGGCAUUGGUACAAAGUGCAAGCAGUUAUUCCCAGAAAUUCUGAUUUGCUUUUGCUUAAGAGGAAGCCGCUCGUUUUGAGCUGUACUGAUUAGUCAAGAUUCAGUACCUGCAUACUGGAGCAAUCCAUGUGCAUUGGCAUCACGGUUCUUGGCGUCAAACAAGGUGAGUCCUGUCAUUGUUUCAUCCUUGAAGUGAUUAAAGACCUCAAUCAUUUCGAGUAAUUCAAAGUUCCGCGUAACUUUGUAAGCUAAUUGUUCAUGGAGUUGAUAGAAAGGAAAAGACAAAUGGAGGGAGUAUUAAGCAAUUAAUGAAAGUGCAACUGUAAAUAAUUUAUUUUGCUCUUUUACCAAAUAGAACCAUGAGAAAGGUAGAUACAUGUGGGGGUUUGCCUGCUGUGUUCUAAACCGAAAGAAUAAACACGAAUUUGAAGCGCUGGUUGUCGUUGUAGCUCAUCUCUAACUGUGAGUAGUUUCUUAAACAGUAGAUUUUUUUUAACCGUAAAUUUAUGGGAAUUGACGUGUCAACCCCUA